UAUAUAUAUUCAGUUACCAUUACUGGAUUGUCUUUGCCACCACUCAAAAAAUAAUCGUCCAGCAACCUAUUGGCCCGACCAGGAUAACCUAUUGAAGCUUUGCUCUACUUCACUCUUUCAUCAAUUAAUUAACUAUUUCCCCCACUUGAUCAAAAUUCAACCAACAUUCUUCUAUAUAUAAACAUGCAUCAAACCAAUAUAUUUUCAUCAAUUCAUCAAAUAACAAGAAAUGGCAGCCAUUUCUCCAUCGAAAACACUAAUGUCUUUUACGGUUCUUUUCGUGGCACUUUGUAUCUUCCCACAUAUCAAUGCUCAUCCACCCCAUAUUAACGGAGGGAAAACCCGACACUACAAAUUUAACAUUCAAAUGAAAAACGUGACAAGAUUGUGCCACACAAAGAGCAUGGUUACGGUAAACGGUAAAUUUCCAGGGCCUAGUAUCUUCGCUAGGGAAGGCGACCGCCUUCUUAUUGAAGUAGUCAACAAUGUUCAACACAAUAUCUCCAUCCAUUGGCAUGGAAUUCGACAGCUUCGGAGUGGAUGGGCCGACGGACCAGCAUACAUAACACAAUGCCCCAUACAAACUGGGAAUAGUUAUGUGUAUAACUUCACUGUAAUUGGGCAAAGAGGAACCCUAUUUUGGCAUGCACAUAUUUCAUGGCUAAGAGCAACUGUUUAUGGUCCUUUAAUCAUUCACCCUAAAUUAGGAGAUAAUUACCCUUUCACCAAACCCUACAAGGAAAUCCCACUCAUCUUUGGAGAAUGGUACAAUGGAGAUCCCGAGGAAAUAAUCAAGCAAGCUUUGCUAACAGGCGGAGGUCCAAACGUGUCGAACGCGUAUACUAUCAAUGGAUUUCCUGGUCCAUUGAAUAAUUGCUCAGCCAAAAAUGAUACGUUGAAGGUGAGGGUGGUACCUGGAAAGACUUAUCUCCUGCGUGUGAUCAACGCGGCGCUGAACGAAGAUCUCUUCUUCAGCAUUGCUAAUCACUCCUUAAUUGUUGUCGAAGCUGAUGCAGUUUACGUUAAACCGUUUCGUGCUGAUACAGUACUAAUCGCCCCUGGACAAACCACUAAUCUUCUUCUGGAGACUAAAUCACGGUUUCCACGCGCUAAUUUCUUCAUGGCGGCGAGCCCGUACAUCACCGGUACCGGGAAAUUCGGGAAUUCAACUGUUGCUGGUAUUCUGGAAUAUGGAAACCCAGGCAGAAAGUUUCCGGUGUUUAAACCAACCCUACCAGCUCUAAACGACACCGUUUUCGCCACGGAUUUCGCCAGUAAAUUGCGCAGUUUAGCAACGCGACAGUUUCCGGCUAAUGUUCCGGUGAAAAUCGACAGGCGUUUCUUCUUCACGAUUGGGCUCGGAACGACGCCGUGCGAUCGUGCAAACGUGACCUGCAAAGGUCCGAAAGGGGCGAAAUUUUCGGCUUCCGUGAACAACGUGUCCUUCGUCCGCCCAAACACGGCCUUACUCCAAUCGCACUAUGCCGGGAAAUCGAGAGGGGUUUACGGAUCCGAUUUCCCGGUGUACCCUACCCGGUGGUUUAAUUACACCGGAACGCCGCCGAAUAAUACAGUGGUGAGCAAAGGAACGAGAGUUGAGGUUUUGCCUUUCGGCGCGGGGGUGGAGCUGAUAUUGCAGGAUACGAGUAUCCUCGGGGCGGAGAGCCACCCACUUCAUCUCCAUGGAUUCAAUUUCUUCGUCGUAGGAAGAGGUUUCGGAAAUUUCGACCCGGAAAAUGACCCGAAGAAUUACAACCUUGUUGACCCGGUUGAGCGGAACACGGUGGCGGUGCCGUCGGGCGGUUGGGCUUCAAUUAGGUUCUUAGCAGAUAAUCCAGGGGUGUGGUUUAUGCAUUGCCACUUUGAAGCACACGCAAGCUGGGGUUUGGAGAUGGCUUGGUUGGUUCUAGAUGGGAAUCUUCCCUAUCAAAAGAUGCUUCCGCCGCCAAACGAUCUUCCUAAAUGCUAAUCUUUCAUUUGUCUCUAAUUUGUUUAACGUUAAUCAUUAAUUAUAUGUAAUUUUUUUUAUUAAUAUUUAAAUAAAAUAAAAUAAACUAUUUUU